GGCCGCCAUGGCGCCCGCCCCGCCCCCGCCGCCUUCCCGCCCCCGCCGCUUCCCCCCCCCAUGGCGGCCGUGAGGGACGUGGAGAUCGACCCCGAGGGCACCUUCAAGUACAUCCUGGUGCGGCUGCAGCGCCCGGAUGGCGGCGGGCAGCGGGACAUCGUCCGCGGCACCAAGGCCGCCGAGUUCCACAAUCAUAUAUUUGAAAAAGUAAACCCUGAGAUGGAAAAGCUGGGAUAUGAGUGCAAGUGCCUUGGAGGAGGGAAAAUUGAACAUAAUAGCAAAGACAAGAAAAUCAGGGUAUUUGGGCUCUCAACAGGCUAUGGAAAAGCAGAUCACUCAGUGACUGUGGAGAUACUGAAGAAAGAGUAUACAGAUUAUGAAAUUACAUGGUCAGAUGACAAGAAAUAAACUUGUGCCCACAACGAGCAGUUCUAACCUGGUAACUGUGAGCUGUACUUUGAUCAAUAAAAUUGAAUGUGUGUUCUAUGUAUGUAACCAUAAA